AUGGCCGUGCUCAAUUGUGGUUUUCUCCGCUUGUUCCAGUGGCCUCUUCGUUCUGAUUCUAUGAGACGGCUGGAGAUGAACAAGGGCCAAGCACAGUAUAGCUUGGUGGACAUGAAAAAGGCGCCGUCCUUCCAGGAGGCCAGACCAGGGCAUCCGCCUUGCAUACUUCUAACGCGUGUGAAGGCUGGGCUACUAUUCGGCGAAAAGGCAGUUACCGAGGGCUUGUGUGCCACAGGCGGCAAAGCUGAAGCCCUUUUCAGAGCGCUCCAGCAACAGAUGCAGCGCUUUCAGGAUAGUCAUGCUAAGCAGUGGAGCUAUGGCACGCACCCAGCCGCAAAGCCACAGUACGUUCUGCCAACAGGAACGGCGCAGAUGAACCUUUUGGAGGUCCUGAAUGGUUUCACAUGGAGCGAGUUCCGGCCAGACGUGACCAGCCACCCUGUCCACAACCCUGUCCUGCUGCAAGUGUCCAAAGACUCGCAGGACGGCGUGGGUUCGGAAGAAGCUCUUGUGAAGAGUUCGAGGCCUGGGAAGACUGCCAAGCCUACAAAAACACCGAAAGCACCCUCAAAGACAGGGAGCUUUGAGGCCAAGGCAUGCCGUGCCCAAGAAGACCUGAACACUCAUCGAUAUCCGCCUGAAGAUUAUGGUAAUGCAUCCGUCCGCUUGGUCUUUCCGGCCACUCCAAUUGGUGACGUUCAUCUUCUCAUACAGAAAAUCCAAGUUGUCCAGUUUGACAUCGUGGGCGAGUUGGUUCGAAACAGCGACACAACUUUUCUUUUCGAGAUUACGGGGAAAGAGGGGCCCGGCACUGCCUUUGCCUAUGUUGAAGGAAUUGACUUCAAGGCUCCAGACUCGGCGGUGCCUGGCAUCACCAAGGCAGCUUCCUCCAUUGACAGCUUCUUCCGACCCGUGUUCACCUUUGGCCAAAAAAAGGCUGACAGCCUCAAGGAAGGGCCGCUAAUGAUGAAGUUCAAGAUGCGAGGUGAGUUCAAGCUGAGCGAAGGUGACCACUGGGAGGUUUUGCCCAAGGCAGUGUCAGACGUAAAGCUGGUGUUCGGGCGAGGUGGCCUCGUACAGGGUUUGAUCAACUAUUUGGUGUCUGCCUACGGGAACAUGGAUGAGAUCUUUCUCAAAUCUGUCUGGCCUUUGCUGGCGAGUGCGAUCCCGGAGAGUUUGGGGAAAGUCUUCGUUCAAAUCCCCCAGAGGGUCGGCAAGAUGGGCCACAAGUUUGGGAUCCAGGGCAGCUGCGUGGUCUGGGAUGAGAGCAACGAGAAGUGUGCCACUGACCAGGUUCAUGUGCAAUUGAAAGACAGCACAACGGUGGCUCUUUUGCCAAAGCCUCUAACGGAGAAGUACCUCGUCAGCCACGACUGCUCCCAAGACGAGUGCGAGGCUGCGGAGGAGUCACUGCCGCUGACGCUACUGCGCUCCUAUGCCAACGCAUCUUCUCAGGUUCCCGCGGUGUUCGGGGGCACAUCUGUGGAGACGUCGUUCGACAUGGAGUACUCGUCCACGCUGUUCCCCAAAAUUUACAUGGACUCCAGCGCCAACGCUCCGAUGAAGGUCCUGGAGAUUGCUUUAGGAGGCCAGGGCAGCGUUCUGUCCAAUCUGCUGCCUGGAGCACCAGGGAAGCUCACAGCAGUGGGCUCAAUCGUUGUCAUUGAGGGCAACAAGGUUGUGAUCCCUGAGGUCCGACUGGAGCGCUUGCGGCUGCCACUGCUGCUGGGUGGUCAGAGCGAGGCCCUGGAGCUCAAUGUCACACUGGCCAAGGUCAAAGCGACGUCUGACGCCCCUGCAAGCAUGAUCGACGUGAUGGUCGCGUAUUUUGAUGCGACACUGGAUCAAGCCUCAGGCUUAGCUUUCAAAAAGGCGGGGGGGAGUAGCCCCUACCCUCUGCUGGAGGUUACUCUGAACAAAAGCUUCGUCAGCGAGAUCCUCACGAACGUCGAGCGUGACUUUCCCGAGCCCACGAACGUCAGGACAGCAGAGCGGGGCCGGGCAGAUGGCGUUGUGCCUGAGGCCUUCAGGCAGAAGCAGGCUGUGGCCCCGGGGCAGCUGGACAUCCACAAAACGCUGGCUGAGGCCGCCGCCAGGGUAACUGUGAGUCUGGAGAGUGACCGUGAUGCGGACUCGGGCGAAGACAUGCUCAACGUUUCUGCUCGGGUGGUGCUGCAAACCACGCUGGACCUUGGAAGCAACUUCUGGCGAGCUGUGACAAAUAGGAGGACGCGGGAUUAUGGCUUUGUGCAUGUGUCUCAGCCCGGCGUAUGGGGCCCGCUGGUGCACAGCCGAUUGCCAGAGACGCCCGUGUUGCUGGAGAUUGGGUGUGGUGAAUUGCGCAUCUUCGACUUUGGCAAAGAUGCAAAGCCAUACAAAGACUUGCUGCAUUCCGUCAACCUUUACGAUGUUUGGUCCAACCCAAAGGGCACUCUGGAAACGGAAGAGGCAGGACCUUGCAUUUUCAUUGCUGAGCUGUGGGAAACGUUCUACUCGGAGAAGUACUACUUCUGUGCGGAGGCAACACCCAUGCGUCAUUUACGCGAAGCCCUGAUGCUUCAGUGGACGCGCUUCAGCACGAUCUCUCAAGCCAUGGAAGAUGCGAAGGCUGCGGACGCAGAGUCUUUUCAGGCCUCACGUGCUGCCGGAUACGGAGUUCAGGUGCCCAGCAAGCCGAAACAAGCCUUUGCUGAUAGCACGUGGUUCCGGGAGUUCAACCCCUUCGACACGAAGAGCUGGCUGCCGGACUUGCCUCCUGCGCACGAAGAGGACGUUGAGACGCCCCUCCAGCGCUGGGAACAUGCAAAGAGUGAAUAA